AUGGCUCCUCGUAGAAAGAAGAAAAAGAAGAAGAGGGGUGCAGAGAGUGCUUCAAUCCGUGAAGGAGAAGCAGAGAGUGCUUCAAAUCCGAAUCACGCUGGAGCGUUAGUGGUGGUCGGCGAAUCCUCAUAUCAUGACGAUGAAGAUGACUGCCAAGUAGGUGGUGAUACUGAUUGUGAAGAUAUUAAUGAUUCAGAUGAAGAUAAUGGAGAGGGUAAUGGAGAAACUGGUUUAGUAGUUAGGAAAGAUGUAAACAUCAACAUUGCAGACGACUUUGCAGCCAUUGAUGAAGAUGGAGAGAAGACUGAUGAUGAUAGCGGCGAUGAUAUAUGGGAUGACGAUAAGAUUCCAGAUCCUCUCUCAUCUGAUGACGAAGCCGAGAGGAACGAUGAUGAAGACAGAGCAAUUCCAGAGCGUAGAGAAAAUCCUGAUGAUCCAGAGAUGUUGAUUCAGUAUGAGAAAACUUACAACUCUGCUGCAGAUUUUAAGCUUGCAUUAUUGACGUACUCGCUUAAGACAAGGUAUGAUAUUAAUUUUUACAAGUCUGAGAGUACUAGGGUUGCUGCUAAGUGUUGUUACAUUGAUAGUGUAACAAAAGUUGAAUGUCCUUGGAAAGUUUACGCUUCUUAUGAGAAGAAGAAACAUAAGCUGCAGGUGAACACCUAUAUCAAUGAGCACACUUGUGUUAGGUCUGGUUAUUCAAAAAUGUUGAAGGUUUCUGCUAUAGCUACGUUGUAUGAAGAAAGAUUGAGGCUGAAUCCAAAGAUAACAAAAAUCAUAAUGGCUGAGGAGAUUAAGCGAGAAUACAACUUGGAAGUGACUCCAGAUCAGUGUACAAAAGUUCUGAGGGCUAGAAAAGCAAGUCAUGAAUCUCAUUUUGCUCGGAUAUGGGAUUAUCAGGCCGAUGUCUUGAAGAAGAACCAAGAUUCUGAAUUUGAUAUUGAGAUUAUCCUGGGACCAAUCAUUGGCAGCAAACAAAGGUUCUUUCGGCUCUACAUUUGUUUUAAGUCACAAAAGGAAUCUUGGAAACAAACCUGUAGACCCAUUAUAGGGUUAGAUGGUGCUUUUCUAAAAUGGGAUAUAAUGGGUCAUCUUCUAGCUGCAGUAGGAAGAGAUGGAGAUAAUAGGAUAGUGUCUAUUGCAUGGGCUGUGGUAGAAAUUGAAAACGAUGAUAACUGGGAUUGGUUUGUCAAAAAGCUAUGUCAUAGUCUCGGACUCUAA